UUUGUAUCCCUCCGCUGCUGACAGACUGCCCAGCUGAAGGUGAAGUGGCCCUCAACGUGUUAUACCGGGUGCAAAAUGUCAUCCAGUGGACUUUUAACCUUACGCGGCCUAACAUGCAAGUGCCUGAUUCCAAAACAGCUUUCAAGAACAUACGCGUCUCGUCCAUCUCUCAAUGAAGUGGUCAUUGUUAGUUCGGCCCGCACUCCCAUGGGCUCCUUCAAGGGCAGUCUGGCAGCUGUUUCGGCAACAAAAUUGGGCUCUGUUGCAAUUAAAGGGGCAAUCGAUCAAGCAGGAAUAAAACCUGAAGAUGUGAAUGAGGUCUACAUGGGAAAUGUGCUCCAAGCAGGAGAAGGGCAAGCACCCACCAGACAAGCCUUGCUUGGAGCAGGUUUGACGCUUGGCACUCCAGCAACGACCAUCAACAAAGUUUGUGCCUCUGGGAUGAAGUCAAUCAUGAUGGCAGCCCAAAGUCUAAUGUGUGGGCACCAGGAUGUCAUGGUGGCAGGAGGUAUGGAGAGCAUGUCCAAUGUGCCUUAUGUCAUGGCUAGAGAAACGCCGACCUACGGUGGUGUUAAAAUGGAAGACCUUAUUGUGAAGGAUGGACUCACUGAUGUCUACAAUAAAUUCCACAUGGGCAACUGCGCAGAGAACACUGCUAAGAAGAGCAACAUCACUAGAGAGGAGCAAGACAGCUAUGCAAUCAACUCCUACACACGCAGCAAAGCUGCAUUCGAGUCAGGAGUGUUGGCCAAGGAAAUUGUUCCAGUUAGCAUCCCACAAAGAGGGAAACCUGAUGUGGUCGUGUCUGAGGAUGAGGAGUGGAGACGAGUGGAUUUCAGCAAAGUUCCCAAACUAAAAGCAGUGUUUCAGAAAGAAAAUGGUACAGUGACUGCUGCCAAUGCAAGCACUCUGAAUGAUGGAGCUGCUGCCCUUGUAUUAAUGACAGCCGACGCUGCAAAAAGACAUAAUGUCACUCCACUGGCCAGGAUUGUAUCUUUUGCUGAUGCAGCUGUUGCACCUAUUGAUUUCCCCAUUGCUCCUGCAUUUGCUGUGCCAAAGGUUCUGGAUGCAGCUGGGUUAACGAAAGAUGAUAUCGCCAUGUGGGAAAUCAACGAGGCCUUCAGUGUGGUUGUUCUGGCCAACAUCAAAAUGCUGGAUAUCGACCCUGAAAAAGUGAAUGUCAACGGGGGAGCUGUGUCACUGGGACACCCCAUUGGGAUGUCAGGUGCAAGAAUUGUGGGUCACAUGGUUCAUAACCUCAAGUCCGGCCAGUAUGGUCUAGCAGGUAUCUGCAAUGGAGGUGGUGGAGCCUCCUCGAUUAUCAUCCAGAAGUUCUAGAAAAUCGAAAGGGGACAUUUUCACCUUUAAUACUUGUGUUGAAAUGUUUGGUGAGAGCUUUUAGACUCCAAAUUGUUUGCUUAACUCCAUUUUCAUAAUGAAGAAUGUAGUUUUUUUUUUUCCCAAGUUACAAGUCAGAUGUCCUAUUUACACAGCAAACAAUGAUUCAACUCCAAUGACUUAACUCCAAAGUGUCACACUCCUUUGCUAAACAAUUAGGUAGAAAAAAAAAAGUUAAUAUUUAACUCUGAAUUGAAAUUGUUGAAUAAAUAGCUUUCAUAAAA